GGAUGUUCAUUGAUUAUUAAAAGAACACAAAUGGAGCUAAAAUCCUACUACCUUCCAACCUGCAUGAAGAAACACUAUUGAUGAAAAGCUUUUAUUAAAGAGAUCCAAGUACCAUAAUGGUGAAAAGAUUCCUACAUGUUAAGGCAUACAGGAACCGCAAAUUCUCUCAUUUGCAAUGCAUAUAGUGUCCUGCAAAAAAUUUAAGAAAUUUACUAUUUCUACUGUUACAUUUCACUCAAUUUUAAAUCUAAUUUAUUUGACUUCUAAAGAAUUUUAAUUUCCUAUACAAAAGUGUGCAUCUUUUUCCAUUCCAAUCAAAAUGCUUACUGUGAACUUAGUUGAAAACAACCAAAAGUCUAAUUUUUUUUGCAUUACCACCAAACUGUGAGUGCUACUAUCUUUUCUGCAGAUAUUUUAACCAUGGAAGCUUAUUCUGCCUCAAUAUCACCUGUUAUAUGUAACAGCACAACUUUUAACCUAAAUGGAUCACAUUUGUGUAAUGAAAGCCUAUCUUCCAGAUUAGCUGAUAAAUCAGAACACCAACAAUAUGUCAUUGGUCUUUUCUUAUCAUGUCUUUACACAAUAUUUCUUUUUCCUAUUGGUUUUGUAGGAAACAUUCUGAUACUGGUUGUCAACAUAAGCUUUCGUGAAAAAAUGACUAUUCCAGACCUUUACUUCAUAAAUCUUGCAGUAGCUGAUCUCAUUUUAGUUGCCGAUUCUCUCAUUGAGGUUUUUAAUCUUGAUGAAAAGUAUUAUGAUAUCACUAUUAUUUGUACCUUUAUGUCUUUGUUCCUUCAGAUCAACAUGUAUAGCAGCAUUUUCUUUCUGACAUGGAUGAGUUUUGACAGAUACAUAGCACUGGCAAAAGUAAUGAGGUCCAACAUAUUUCGCACUAUGCAACACGCUAGAUUAAGCUGUGGUCUCAUAUGGAUGGCGUCUAUUUCUGCAGCACUAGUUCCAUUUACAGCUGUGCAUUUACAACACACCGGAGAGGUCUAUUUUUGUUUUGCAGAUGUAAAAGAAAUCCAGUGGCUAGAAAUAACCUUGGGGUUUAUUAUCCCCUUUGUGAUCAUCGGUCUUUGUUACUCAUUAAUUGUUCGAGUUCUUACAAAAGCACACAAGCACAGGAGUCUCCGGCUGCGGCGACAAAAGGCUCUUCGAAUGAUUUUUGUUGUUGUCUUGGUUUUCUUUAUCUGCUGGCUACCUGAAAAUGUCUUCAUUAGUGUUCAACUUCUUCAAAAGAAAAGCGAGUCUGCCUCUUCAAGCAGCCCAUCCUUCAGACAUGAUUAUCCUCUAACAGGACACAUUGUGAACCUAGCAGCUUUUUCUAAUAGCUGUUUGAACCCCUUAAUUUACAGUUUUCUAGGGGAAACCUUUAGAGACAAACUGCGACUGUAUAUUGAACAGAAAACAAAAAUGUCAACACUACAUCGCUUUUGUCAGGCUGCCUUAACGUCUGUCAUUCCUGACAGUAAUGAGCAAUCAGAAGUCUGAUUUAGUUGUGGUUGUAUGGAACACAUGAC